AUGAGGAAUUAUAAUCCUUACUCAAACACCUACAAUGCAAGGUGGAGGGAUCAUCCUAAUCUUAGCUAUGGAAAUCAACAAGUGAAUCAACCAAACUUCCAGCAAUAUAGGCAGCCAUGUCCUCCUAGACAACAACAGGACCAAACUUCAAGUUCUGGUAUGUCUCUAGAGGAUAUUGUUAAGUUUUUGACCACUAACACUUUACAAUUUCAACAGAAAACAAAACAAUUCCAACAGGAAGCAAGGGCAAGUAUUAAAAGUUUGGAUAAUCAAAUGGGUCAAAUGGCAACCGCAAUCAACAGGCUGGAAGCACAAGGUUCGGGAAAAUCACCCUUUCAAACAAUGGUAGUCCCUAUAUCAUUGGAGCAAGAAAAGGAGAAAGAUGUCCUUGAAGAAAAGAGUGUUCCUAACGAUGAUGGCGUACCUAAGCGUAAGUUUCCACCCCUAUCUGAGUUUAAACCGACACUCCCUUUCCCUCAGGCUUUAGUAGAACCAAGGAAAGAUGAACAUAAUCGUGAACUUUAUGAAACUUUUAGUAAAUGUGAGGUAAACAUUCCAUUCUUGGAUGCUAUUAAACAAGUACCUCGUUAUGCUAAGUUUUUGAAGAAAUUGUGUACCCUUAAAAGAAAACAGAAACUUAAAAGGUGUGAAAAGAUAAAUGUAGGGAAAAAUGUUUCGGCAAUCAUUCAAAGAAAUCUCCCUACAAAGUGUAAAGAUCCAGGCAUGUUUAGCAUCCCUUGCACGAUAGGUAACAUUAGGUUUGAAAAGGCCAUGUUAGACUCAGGAGCUUCUAUUAAUGUCAUGCCAUACUUUUUGAGGAUGUUCUCAUCAAAUUUAAUGAUUUGGUUUUUUUCCGCUAACUUCUAUGUACUUGAUAUGGAAUAUAAUGAUCAAACUAUCCCCAUUUUGCCAGGAAGACCAUUCUUAAGGACAUCCAAAGCUAAAAUAGAUUUUUAUAGUGGCAUGCUUACUAUGAAAUUUGAUGAUAGAAUCAGUGAAUUUAACAUUUAUGACGUCAUGAAACAUCCUGAUGAAAUUGACCUUGUUUAUUAUAUUCAAGUGAUGGACAAUUUAGAACAGGAAGUUUUAGAACUUGAUGAAAACAAUGCAGUGAAAGUUGCCAUAGAUAAGCAUAUUGAGGAUGUGAAUCAGGAGUUACCUCGAAUACUGCCUUGCAGGAAAUCAUUGCAGCAUUGA